AGCUCAUUGAUUUCUGACCUGAGAUCAGUGUGAGAGUGUUGGAGAACAAAGGAGGGGGCAGUAGUACCUGUUUCACUGAGAGAAAUACACAAGGAGUUAUCGCCAGCGAGCCGUUCCAGGUCCAGAUGUCUGCAGGAGGAGUCGGUUCUGUGUCCAGGUUCGACCGGCUGCGGGACAUCCCACACUAUGACCAGGUCCCUGUGGGCUCAUUAUGGCAUGACCUGGAUCUUCCACCCCCCCCGGAACCCUUGCAUGGAACAGUACCAGCAGUGAGCUUAGACCCACUUCCCCCUCCUCCGCUACCUGAACAGCCAGCAGUUGGGCUAGAAUCCUUCCCCCCCCCUUACCAUGAUGAGCCAAUGGAGGAUGACUGUGAUGCCAUGGAUAUGAAGCCGGUUCGCCGCUUCGUUCCUGACUCGGUCAAGAAUUUCUUCCGUGGCAACAGCGGGAACGGUGACGGCAUGGGUUGGGUCCUACCCCCUCCUUCACAACAUCUACCUGCCUCUUAUUCCCCUGCCCCCUCUUCUAGUAAGAGCGCCAACUGCCGCACCACAGCAGGAGUCCCCUGUUCACCUCCCAACUCCCCCCCCCCAUCUCCUUAUCUUCAAGGGUCAUAUCGGGACCCCUACGGCGGCUCUGGGGGAAGCUACACAUCUCAGAAGGAGAGAGACGGGCUGCUGCUUGGUGCUGAAGCUCUUGACUCUGCGUCUGCGGUGCCUACCAAUCUUUCGGCUCUGACCUACCUGGAGCGGGUGGAGGAGUACCACCAGCGCUACGCCUACAUGAAGUCCUGGGCUGGCCUGCUGAGGAUCCUGGGCUGUGUGGAGCUGCUGCUGGGAGCUGCUGUGUUUGCCUGCGUCUGUGCUUAUGUUCAUAAGGACAACGAGUGGUUCAAUAUGUAUGGAUACUCCCAGCCACAGAUGUUUGGGGGGCUGGGUGGAGGUGCCAGUGCCUAUGGACAUGGUGAUGGUUACUACACAGGCCCCAAAACACCUUUUGUCCUAGUGGUGGCUGGUCUAGCGUGGAUAGUGACUGUUAUUUUGCUCGUUCUUGGGAUGACAAUAUACUACAGAGCCAUACUUCUUGACUCUUCUUGGUGGCCAGUCACAGAGUGUUCCAUCAACCUUGUGUUGGGGGUGCUCUACUUAGCAGCAGGGAUAGUGUAUGUGAGGGACACCACUCGAGGGGGGCUGUGCAACAUGCCAGUCUUCAAUAAUGGAGUUAAUGGGGCAUUUUGUCGCACUGAAGCCGGCCAAACAGCAGCCAUGGUCUUCCUCUUCCUCACCAUGGCACUCUACUUCAUUGGUGCUGGAGUGUGUCUAAAGCUGUGGAGACAUGAGGCAGCCAGGAUGAAGAAGGAAGGUCUCGCACACGAGAUGAAAACCAUUGGAUCAUCAGUCCCUCUCUCCAUACUGGGUCCAGCCUCCAGAGCCUCGGAGCAGACCCCGUUGCCCACCCUCCAGCCUGACAUCAUGGACAACUCUUCAGCUGCUCCUCGGAUGUCGCUGGAGCCAGAGUUCCUCAGAGGUCACAUUCCAGCUGGACACAUCCCCAAACCUGUCGUCAUAGCCGACUAUGUUGCGAAGUACCCCACUAUCCGCUCAGAGGAGGAGAGGGACCAGUACAAGGCUGUGUUCAACGACCAGUACGCCGAGUACAAGGAGCUGCAUGCUGAGGUGCAGGCCAUGGCCAGGAGGUUUGGAGAGAUGGACGAGAUGAUGCACAAUCUCCCCUCCAGGCCUUCCAGCCAAAUGGAGAAGGAGCGGAUCAGUAACAUUGUAAUGGAGUAUCAGAAAAAGAAAGCUGAUCCAACAUAUUUGGAAAAAAGAGAGAGGUGUGAGUACUUGAAGAAAAAGCUCUCUCAUAUCAAACAAAAGAUUCAGGAGUAUAACAAGGUCAUGGACUGGAGCGAUAGCAACUAAACACUGAAGUCAUGAAGACAACGUGCUCUGUUGCACACAAAACUGAGGGGACUGAGGUGGGAACGGUGUCUGGACAUGGUGAAAAAGCCCUCAUUGUGCCCACACCUUCUAAUUGCAAAUGAGCCAUUAUCACAUUAGAACAGGUGGACCUGCAGUCAAUGUCUUUUAGAAAGAGUUGUGUACUGCAAUGAAAAGCCUCACAAAAAGUGAGACAUUCAGUAUUCAGAGAGCUGUGAUGGACCAGGUGUAACCUACAGUUAUACCUGAUGUCCAUUAUAUUUAGCUACACACAGCAACCCAGAUGCAGAUCACGUUUUUUUAAUGAAGAUUCAUGGAAAUAUGCUUUGUUGUGCCAUUUUGAUCACUUAAUUGCUGUGUCUCCAGAACACAUCAAAGAGUGGAAGCAGAGGAAUCAGCUAUAGCCUCUUUAAAGAAUACCAAAGCCUCUUUCGUAAUGUUGAUAUACACAGUUCACUGUUUGGGCCAUAACUCAAGAAUUAAAUUGCUAAGUAUAAAAUGGGACGAAUGUAAUCUGUUAAAUGACUGGUUGGCGGAGGGAUACAAUCGCAAGCUGGUGAUUAUAGCCAAAUGUGCAAAGAAUUAUAGGAUCUUAUCCAAGUGUGGGUAAGAUGAAAAUCAAGCAUGUUUUGGGGUCUUACAAUGGCAUAGACACUCUGUAGAUAAAUCUCAUGGGGAAGUUGAUUGUUAAUGCUGACUCAAUGAUUGUAUAAAUCGUAGUAUCAGCAGUUUAUUUUGUUCAACUGAUUAGUUUUGAUCACAUAGGAUAGGAUUCUUUAUGAACGACAUGUGUGACACUGCAGAGGGUUAAGCUGCUUGCCAUUAUGGUCUGUGUAUUCUGUUACUGCUUUUUACAUUGCAUUCCUUCUGUCCAGUAUUCUUCUCUCAAACUGUGAGGCCCAAUGUCAACUUUGACUAAAAGCUUGAAUGUAUGAAUGGUCUCUACUCUGUACAGUAACUGUUACUGAAAUCACCAUUUUGAACAUAACAGAUGUAUUUUUUUAUUGUUUUAAUCAUAACUUGGUAAACUUUUUGCACAUGUAUAUGUUCGAUUGAUAUGCAUAUGUAAUUGUUUUGUACCAUAUAGUAAGUCCUACUGCUUUAUACCAAUGAAGUACCUUUAAACAGUGUGUAUAUCUUUUUUUCUUUUUUUUACUACCAUGUUGUCCAGUGCAAACUUCUGCUAAAUCUGCCAUUCAAUGUUUAAGUAGUGGCAGAAGCCAUGAAUAGGGAGCGCCAAAAAGGGGUACAAUAAGAGCAUUGUUAUAUUUUCAUAAAUUGUGUUUUCAUGUAUUGCUAUAAAUCCCUGGGUCUUGCUUUAUU